AAAUAGGAAUAAAUACAUAAUUAAAAUCCAUGUUAUUAUAUACAUAUUUGAAGCUGUAUUAUGUGUAUGAACACAUUUGCAGUCACAGUUAUUCCUUAAAUAUAUUGAAUUAAACUCUACGUGUACCGAGAUUAAUGGAAAUACCUAUCGUGGAAAGAGCUCAAUUGUGAGCGAAGGGCAACUGUUUCUACACGGACUGCAAUGAACGGUGCAGUAAUAGGCGGGACUUGAUUUUGAUCGACAUGUUGUAAACGAAUAGGAACCUGGAAACUGUCGUCAUGAAAACAGCGACAACUAAUCACAAGAGGGAGUUAACCGGUAGUAAAGAAAGGCAUGGGUGUGUUAUUGAAGCUUUUAGGUUAAACGUGACACUUUGUGUGGUUACUAAGUGUCCACGCCAAGAAACCCGACAGGAUGUUCACUGGUUCCAUAUUAGUUUUAUUAGGAAAACAAACCUAUGAAAAUCAGUAGUUUGCACAAGGACGGCGCAAGUUUAACAUGUCAAAUAUUUGACUUGAUAACAGUGUAAAAUGUUUCAGAUGUUCUGUCGUGGGAUAUUGAGCUCUGCCGUCCACUCACGUAAAGUCAGCAGAGGUCAUCUGUCCUGGAGACUCCAGUCCACCUGUGAAGCAUUUCCAGCUGGACUAGCUGAUGCCGACACCAUCUUUGCCCUGUCCUCAGGUCAUGGCAGAUGUGGCGUGGCAGUGGUGCGGGUCAGUGGUCCAGCUUCGGCUACUGCACUGAAAUGUAUGGCUGGGCUCAAACGUAACCUGCCUCCUCCUCGCACUGCCCUGUUACGGAGCAUCACAGACCCUAAAGGCAAAGAAGUCUUGGACCGAGGACUUGUUCUCUGGUUCCCAGGUCCUCACAGUUUCACAGGAGAGGACAGUGUGGAGCUCCACAUUCAUGGUGGUACUGCUGUUGUCACUGCUGUUCUUCAGGCUCUAGGAAGCAUGUCUGGCAUGAGGCCUGCUGAAGCAGGAGAGUUCACGCGAAGGGCCUUUCAAGCAGGAAAGCUGGACCUGACAGAGGUGGAAGGACUGGCAGACCUGAUCCACGCUGAGACGGAGGCUCAGAGAAGACAGGCUCUCAGACAGAUGUCAGGAGAACUCGGACAGCUCUAUCAGAACUGGAGCCACAGACUGAAACAGUGUCUAGCUCAUGUUGAGGCCUUCAUCGACUUCAGUGAAGACGAACUGAUCGAGGAUGGGAUCUUGAGCCAAGUGGACACAUCAGUGUACAGUUUACUAACAGAGAUGGAUCAACACCUGAAAGAUCAGAGGAAGGGGGAGCGGCUUCGCAGUGGAGUUCAGGUGGUCAUCGCCGGAGCCACCAACGCAGGGAAAAGUAGUCUGCUGAACACACUGUGCCAAAGACCUGCCGCCAUCGUGUCUCCUGUUGCUGGCACCACGAGGGAUGUAGUCGAGACGGCACUGGACAUCGGUGGCUUCCCCGUCCUGUUGAGUGACACAGCGGGUCUCCGGAACAGUCCAGACGCCAUAGAAAGAGAGGGAGUUCGACGAGCUCGAGAGAGACUGGAUCAGGCAGAUCUGACCCUUGUGGUUGUGGACUGUGUGGAACUCCCUAGAGAUCCUCGACAGGCUGCAGCCCACCUGAAGGAACACCUCAACAGUGUGCUGCCCACCAGAGAGCAGCGUCAGGCAGACCGAUGCCUCGUUGUGCUGAAUAAAACAGACCUACUACCUGAAGGUGAGAGACAGCAGCUGGACAGAGAGGUGAGACAGGUCUCUGGACUCCCUCCUGUCUGUCUGAUCUCCUGUCACACCACUGAAGGGUUACAGCUGUUCCUCACACAGCUGCAGAGCAACCUUAAAACUCUGUGUGGAAAUCCCCAGUCCGACGCCCCCACCCUGACCCAGGCCCGACACACGGCCUCCCCGCCACAAUACUUCUGCAUCGGAAAAUAA